AUGUUAAAAGAUUGUAUUGAUUUUUCUAAGGGUUCUCAAGAAUGUCAAGUACACUCAGGCAUUCAACAUGUCCCUACGAGUGAAUUGCAUGUGAUUGUGAAUCCAUGGCCAUUUAGAGGAUGGGCUCAGGAUUUGAUUGGAGAAACUCGACCAACAUAUUCUAAAAGUCAUAAAUAUAUUCUAGUCGGCAUCGAUUAUUUUACAAAGUGGAUAGAAGCAGUUCCGUUUGGAAUCCCCUAUAUCAUUACGACAGAUCAAGGGUUGGUAUUCACUGGUUGGAAGAUGCAGCAAUUUGCCUCUAAAAUGGGGAAUAAUAUAUUAACUUCGACGCCUUAUUAUGCUCAAGCAAAUGGUCAGGUGGAAGCGGAUAAUAAGGUCGUUAUUGGUUUGAUCAAUAAGCAUUUUGGGAAGAAACCAAACAAUUCGGAUGAGAUUCCAUCAGACCAUUAUUGGAGUAUGAUGUUGGACGAGAUUGUCGAUUUGGAUGAAGAAGGGAUGGUAGCGUUGGAUGUCUUGAUAAGACAAAAGGAGCGAGUCGCCAGAGCUUAUAAUAAGAAGGUUAAAGUGAAAACAUUUUCGAUUGGAGAUCUUGUUUGGAAGGUAAUAUUUCCUACGGAUCAAAGAGAUAGAACUCUAGGAAAAUGGUAUCCUAAUUGGGAAAGCCCAUUUUGGAUGAUUCAAGCAUUUUCGAACAAUGCUUAUGAAAUUGAAGAGUUAACAGUUGACAAAUUUUAA